AUGGAAACCACAAAAUCUUUGAACAGAGAUGAAAUCAACAGGAAUUGUGAAAGAACACUGACUUUGCUAAGAUCAAAUAAACCAGAUGCAGCUGAUUUAAUGCUAAAUAUGCUAAAUGACAGUAUUUUAAAGAGAUAUGGAGACGGUAGGCAAGUCAUUGAUAUUUCUAAGUUCACCAAGUUGAACUCAGAUGAUAGCAAAGUACCAAACAAAAAGGCCAAACUAAAAAAAAUUAAAAAAGAAAAAAAUCAAAAGAUAAGUAAGAAUGAAACAAAGUUAAAUGAAAUGUCUAACGAUGUCACACAUCAGAAGAUAAGACAUGUUUCAAAUGAAUUUAACAGUAAAAUGUCAAAACAUAAUAAAUCUAAAACUAAAAUAAUGAAAAAUGAAAACAAUAUAAAAUUAAAAAACAAUUUUUUUGAAAAAGACAAUACUCCUUCAGACGAAGUUGGAGAAAUAACAAACAAUACUUCACAAACAUUGACAACAAACAGAAAUUUAAACAUCAAAACAAAAUCCAAUAUAAUUUCUAAACAUAAUGAAAACAGUGAAAAUUCAAUUGGGAUCCAAGAAAGUAAAAUUAAUGACAUACAAAAUACAGAAAAAUCACAAUCAAAGGGGGAAAAUGAAUCAUUUGGUAUAUCAUCAACUGUUAAAAGGCUACAAUUGCAACAUAGAUCUACAUCAAAAGUAAAAAAUCAUAAGAAACCUCCUUUGCAUGAACUAUCUUCCAGACAGAGAAUUCAGGCAGUUCUUGAGAAAAGAAUAAAUAAUAAAUGA